GAACCAUAAGAACAUUAUACACCAUCUAAAAUGAACAAUUUACCCUUAGAGUAACCCUUCUGGAGCCUAAAAGUCAUGAGUGCUAAAUUUCCUUUAGGUGGGCUUUAGAAAUGUUGCCACAGCUUUGGUUUGCAGUCCAGUCUCUCGUCGGCUUUGAUUAUUGAGCUUCUCUUUGAGCUUCUGCCAAACGGAGAGGGAGCCAUGAAAAGAGGCCACAUCUCUUCAGAAAGUCUUGACCCCGGGUUUCAUUUAAGUAUUUUUCCUUGUUUACAAUUCUCAGAAGUCGAUUGUGUGUGUGAAAAAUAGACUUUCUGGUGAAGGGGUUGCAUUCGGUCAUGCUGUUUGAAGGGGUGUUAGGUACGAGACCACACGCUCCCUAGUGUAUGGGGCUGAGACUACAGUGAAAUCCCCCCAAGUUCCUAAACCUCUUUGAUCCUUGGGAAAACCAUGACUCAUUCAACCUCUUGCUUACCGUUUAGAUAUUUUUUUUAAGAUGCAAAAGAUUUCCCCAACAUCCUGUAUGUUUUUUUAAAUAGAAAAAAUUUAAAUAUCCUUGGUUUUUUUUUUUUUUUUUUUUUUUUUUACAAUAUAUCUACAUUAUUCAAACAUUUCUAAAAAUUUCAAAAACUAAAUGUGUGAGUAUCAUGCAAAGCAAAAUACAAUGUGAGCGGAACCAGAAAAUAGCUUUGCCAUGACCUACUUAUUUAAAUUAGGGGAUAUUUGUAUAUAACUGUUUAAAUAUGACAUUCUGCUAUUAAUAUCUUAACAUGUGCUUUGUGUUUUGCAUAUAAUCUAAUUAAAAAUUCAACAUAGCCUAUAAUUAGGAAUCAUGGUCAUCUGGGACAUAGAAAUAUAUUAAUAAGUGCACGUGUAUUUAUGUGCACAACUGUAAAUUAGUGCACUAUUUCUCCCCCAAGGAUGCCUGGGAAUGAGGCUGAUUGAUACGAUACUGCGCCCGAGAACAUCACAUUAGCCUCCUCUCCUCAGGUAUCGCACCCUCGAAUUCAUGCCAAGGACAAGCCACAUGGCACUGAAGCUGAACAGCCUGUUAUUGGACAGGCCCGAGGGAAUGCAGAGGCCCAGGCUGUUAAAAGGUGGAGGCUGCGAUGUUGUUCCCUCUCAGGUUAGGAGGACGACGGAGAAGAAGACGCCCGAAGAAGUGAACCGACAAAAGGUGUAAGCUACUACUCAUCACCUUAAUCAACAAAAUGAUCAGUUCACUCCGCUUGGUCAUCCUGGUGAUGGCUUCAAUGGUGGUAGCAGUGGCUGAGGUGUCAACAGUCAGGAAUCCACAGAAUCUACGGGUUAAACCUACUAAGAAGCCCCCUCAGUUUGUGGAAACUUCUUCAGCGUCACCUACCCGCCUGGGUGUUCAUUUCACGACCACCAUGGCUGCCAUCCCUUCCAGCAGCACCUUGCCUGACGAGACAACAGAGUCCAUCACGGAUUCAUAUUCGUCUUCCACCGAGAGCAGCACCUACUCCAGCGACGCCUAUUCAGCCGACUACCACACAGAGGCCAUGUUGCCGCCUGGAAUGGGUCCGCGGAACUUCACUCUGGACUACAACGAGUGCUUCUUCAACUUCUGUGAGUGCUGUCCACCAGAGAGGGGCCCUCCAGGACCCAUCGGAGAGAAGGGGUCGCCAGGUGUUCUAGGGCAGAAGGGAGAGAUGGGACCCCAAGGAGCGACAGGACCAGCAGGACUUCCAGGAGCUCCUGGACUGCAGGGCGAAAAAGGAGAUCCAGGACAAGCCGGUGAGAAAGGGAUUCCAGGAAUACCAGGUUCUGCUGGCAAACCAGGAGAAAAAGGUGAACCAGGUCUUAGAGGAGACAAAGGAGAUAUCGGUUUGCCUGGAUUAAAAGGUGAACUAGGGAACAAAGGGGAACCGGGCCAGAAUGGGAGCAAAGGUGAGAAGGGUGACAUGGGCCUGCAAGGACCGAUGGGACCUCCUGGUCAAGAUGGCAUGAAGGGUCUAAAGGGUGAAAAAGGAGACCUGGGGGAACGAGGAACAAUGGAGAAGGGGGAUAAAGGUAACAAAGGUGAACCUGGCGCUCCAGGACCUAAGGGAGACAUGGGCAAGCCAGGACUAAAUGGCACAGAGGGACCUUCUGGAAUAAUGGGCGAAAAAGGAGAUACAGGCUCUCCAGGUCCACAAGGAAAGCCAGGUAAAAGAGGACAACCUGGACCGCCAGGGCAAAGGGGCAUGCAUGGCAUGAAAGGGAUGCGAGGUCUGAAAGGGGUACGUGGCCAAAGGGGAAUGAAGGGCUCAAAAGGAGAACCAUUCAUUCAGAAGCGCUCUGCCUUUAGCGUAGGACUCUUCCCGAGCAGAUCCUUCCCUCCUCCUGGCCACCCAGUCAAAUUUGACAAAGUCAUCUACAACGAGGAAGGACACUGGGACCCCUACAUCAGCAAGUUUAACUGCACUUUUGGAGGCGUAUAUGUGUUUUCCUACUACAUCACCGUUCGCAGCCGUCCUUUACGGGCUGCCUUGGUAGUAAACGGUGUCCGUAAACUGCGCACUCGUGACUCCCUGUAUGGCCAGGAUAUCGACCAGGCCUCCAACAUGGCACUGAUCCGACUGUCCUCCGGUGAUCAGGUGUGGCUGGAGACUCUGCGGGACUGGAAUGGAAUUUAUUCCAGCAGCGAAGAUGACAGUACCUUUUCUGGCUUCCUGCUCUUUGCUGAUGCCACUAAGGAAUGAUGACUGAGAAUACCAGAGAAUGGACCUUUUGCUUUACUACACAUGUGACCAGUGCCUGUUGCAUCAGAAGCCACAUAUUUUACCCGAGCCUCAUACCGAAGCCUCAUAUGCUUACUAACAGCAACUGACUAGUCACUAAUAACUCCGCUUCGGGCCGUACCUUCCGGAUUUCAUGUCAGAGAGCACCUUCAGGGAUGAUUUUUCCAGACACUGACUAAUUUGUGUACUAAACAAAAUUUUCAUUUAAUAGGGGAUACGUAGGGUAUAGAAUGGAGUUCAUGCCUUCUUGUUGAAAUGCAAUCGUUAUGUGGAAUGGAAUGUGCACGGUACUUUUUAAUAGUGCCGUUUGUAAAGUGGACCAAAUUGAAAAGUAAAACCUUUUCUACGUUCAUAAGCAUUCCUGCUUCACAGCUCCAGGGUCCCUGGGUUGAGCCUGAGCUCAAGUUAUUGACUGUGUGGAGUUUUGCAUGGUGUGGAGUAUCACAUGUACCUGUGUUUUCCACUGUAAUGAUUGCAUCUCAAUAUGACAUAAAUUUCUCUCCACAUCAGCACCGCUCUUAUUCAUAGUUUCCUGUUUCUACAAUAAAAAAAAAGACAUGGCACUUGAUCACUGUGUUGUUGUUUUCAUUUCCUCUCUGAGAGGAACUAUCUUGCAGAGAUUUGGCCAACCAAGUGAGGAUUUUUUUAGCCUUCUAUGUGCAUCU